GAACGUCUCCAUGUUCAUUUUUCACUCAGGUUUGGGACAAGGAAUAUCUCUCCAAAACUAGCAAAACCGAAACAAAUUUCAAACUAUUUGCAUGAAGAAAGAUUCGCGAGCUUGACCGACUGAUCUGAAUUUGACAUAAUUACAACUCAGUUGGCAGAAUCAUGAGGAAUCAACACCUACAAAUUUUCAGGAAAAUAAAUAUAGAUGGUAGCAAAAAAGUAAUUGUGUCGGUUUCAGUGGUUUUGAUUGUCUUUACUCUCAUGUACACGCUAUACAAAGACAAUGGUAGUUCAACAAAUACAGUACAGAAAUGGCAAAAAUUGGAUUCAUUCCACUACGGCGCAGUACCACUUACAAGACUGAGACGUGAAGCAAUGAACAGUUUGAAAAAAGCACAAUUCCACGGAUGCUGUGGAAAAGAGUGCAAAGAUUUUAUGGAAAAGUUAAAUUCAAAUACAACGCACGUCAAUGAAAGUAAUGUUCUCACUCAGAUGCUAAAUGAGUUAAAGAAAUUGAACAAACAGAUAAGUUAUAUGUUGAACAAUUGCAUGGAAAUGAAAAGAAAUAAUUCCGUACAUUAUACCGAAGACAAUGAUGAAUACGAUUCUGCACCUUCACAAAACGAUCUUGUUUAUUCACCUUUGUAUAAUAUACCCGCUUCUGGCCCAGGUGAAGAAGUAUCGACUGGUCAACAAUUGACACUCAACAUGCCGCGCCGUGUCUGUGUUGGAGGUGUUUGCUUUCUGGAACAAGACUGGAAUAAUUUUCAGAGCAGUCAGCAACACGAAUCAAUGCAUAUACCGACAGCAAUUGCAUCACAUAACCCUUACUACUUACCGACUUAUGAAGGCUCUCCAAUCGUUUACUAUAAAUUUUCACCAGUUAAUGCUUACAAUCCUACGCCUCAAGUCAAUUCUCCGGUUUAUGGUAAAUAUUUACAUAGGCCUAUAACAUACCAGUUUCCUUCAGUCCCAGGAGUUUCUGAGAACUCAAAUGUAGCUCAAUUUGAACCAAGAUCGAGCAAAGGAAGACAAAUAGAUGAAAAUCGGACAAAAAAACUUACCAACAAAAUUGAAAAACCUAAAGAUGGAUAUAAAACAUUUAAAUACUGUGGUAAUGGCAUAAAUAACAAUGAUAAGUUGAAGUGUAAUAAUGUAGAUGGCUGUAAAGGUUGUUCUUGUAAAGAUCGGCUCAGUGAAGCUAAGCUGUGCGACGGAUUCUUUGAUUGUCCUGGUGGUGAAGAUGAACAAGGAUGCUUCGGGUGCUUAAAUGCACAGUUUAGCUGCGGUGAAAACGAAAGUUCACAAUCUACAUGUUUGCCAAUGGGGAAAAGAUGCGAUGGUACAGCAGACUGUCAAAAUGGAAAAGAUGAAUUCGACUGCAACAAGAUAAAAAUUGAAAUUGGUCAUGGGGAUGUUGAGCCUGUUUCAUACGGAAAAGGAUUUCUUCACAGAAACUUGCAUGGAAAAUGGUACCCGGUAUGUUCAAAUGAUAAUUUCUCCAAUUUGGCACACAUGGCAUGUGUAUCUGAAUUUGGAACACUAAAUAGACAAUUGACCAAUGAAUUGAGAGUAUUUGAAGAUCAGUACAAUGGUUGGUUUGUUAUCGAAAACUCGACUGGUCUUCAGCUUGUUGAUAAAUGCGGCCGGAAUCAGGCUUCUUGGGUUGAGUGCCCUGUCAGUUGUGGUAUGAGAUCUUUGCGGAAAUUCUCCAACGAGGACGGCUUUCUUAGAUUUAGAAGGAAUGUUACUGAAAAUCAAAUGAAUGAUCGACACAAUUAUCAAGCGUCAAAUAACUUGCCACACUUAGGGAAAAUUGGUGCAUUGUCAGAAUUGGACCGUGGUAAAAGGAAAGAGCCGAGAAUAGUUGGUGGAGCUAAGAGUGUUCCCGGUUCUUGGCCUUGGGUGGUUGCAAUUCAUAAAAAUGGAAUUUUUCACUGCGGUGGUGUAGUUGUAACAGACUCCGUCAUCUUAACAGCUGCUCAUUGUGUUGAAGAAUAUGAAAAUGCCUACUUUGAAGUGCGUGCUGGAAUUCAUAGAAGAUUAUCUUAUUCGCCUCAAGAACAAUUAAGGAUCGUUACAGAUAUUGUCAUCCAUGAAAAUUUUAAUGGCACCAACUUUGCAAAUGAUAUAGCAAUUUUAAGUGUAGACAGGCCAUUUUUAUUCAAUCGAUGGGUCCUUCAAUGCUGUUUACCAAAGCAGAAUUCGUUUAAUUUUCCCAAGCCCAACUCUAAAUGUACAGCUGUUGGAUGGGGAGCAACAAAAGAAAAUGGAAUAGAAUCUGAUCACAUGCUACAAGUGGAGUUGAAUAUAUUCCCUGAUUGUAAUCACAGUAGCGACAGAAAAAGUAAUGACAUAUGUGCCGGUUUUAAAGAAGGUGGCAAAGACAGUUGUCAAGGGGAUAGCGGCAGUCCUUUAUUGUGCCGGAUUGGUAAUUCUGACCGAUGGUACAUCGCAGGAAUUGUGAGUCAUGGGAAAGGAUGUGCUAGGUCUGGAGAACAGGGGACAUACACAAGAGUUUCUAAAUACAUUACAUGGAUACAAAAUACUAUUGAAAAUAUAAAAUCCAUGGAAAUAAAACCACAAAACAAAUGCCCAGGGUAUCAAUGUAAAAAUGAUAAAUGCAUUCCCAAUUCAGAAUGGUGCAACGGGUUAAUUCAGUGUUUACAUGGAGACGAUGAAGAAAAUUGUCCACAAAUCUACCCUAAGAAAUAUAUUGUAAAUAACGAAAAAGUGCUUCAUAUUGUUGAUGUGAGCGCAGAAGAUAAUUUAGAUGAAACCUCUAUCCCGAAUUUAAAUGAAUACAAAUCAUCAAACAAAAUGGACAAAACAUUUACAGAAGCGCACAUCGCUACUGACUUCAACGAAACAAAAGACGAAAAAGCACAAAAUGUUAAUUCAGCUCGUGUUUCAAAUGUUAAAAGUCCAUCCUACGAUCAACGAGCAUCUAGUGGCAGCCCUACACUCGCAGAUGAUUUGCCAAAUGUCACUGAAAAAAAACAAAUCACCAUGCCAAAUUUAAAUGAAGACAAAAAAUCAGACAAAAUGGAUCAUACAUUUAAUGAAGCACCGAUUGCUACUGACAUCAACCAAACAAAAGAAGAAAAAGUUAAUUCACCUGAAGUUUCUACUGCUAAAAGUUCAUCCUACGAUCAACAAUUAUCUAGUGGCAGCCAAACACUUGGAGGUGAUUUGCCAAAUGUCACUGAAAAAACAGAAAUCACGAUCCCAAAUUUAAAUGAAGACAAACAAUCAAACAAAAAGGAUCAUACAUUUAAAGAAGCACUGGCUGCUACUGACAUCAACCAAAGAAAAGAAGAAAAAAAUAAUUCAGCUCAUGUUUCAACUGCUAAAAGUUUAUCCUAUGAUCAACAAUUAUCUAGUGGCAGCCAUACGCUCACCGAUGAAUUGCCAAAUAUCACAGAAAAAAAAGAAACCAUCAUCCCAAAUUUAAAUGAAGAAAAACCAUCAAACAAAAUUGAUCAUACAUUUAAAGAAGCACCGACUGCUACUGGCAUCAACAAAACAAAAGAAGAAAAAGUUAAUUCACCUGAAGUUUCAACUGCUAAAAGUUCAUCCAAUGAUCAACGAUUAUCUAGUGGCAGCCAUACGCUCACCGAUGAAUUGCCAAAUGUCACAGAACAAGAAGAAACCAUUAUCCCAAAUUUAAAUGAAGACAAACCAUCAAACAAAAUGGACCACACAUUUAAAGAAGAACCAACUGCUACAGACAUCAACAAAACAAAAGAAGAAAAAGUUAAUUCACCUGAAGUUUCAACUGCUAAAAGUUCAUCCUAUGGUCAACGACUAUCUAGUGGCAGCCAUACGCUCACCGAUGAAUUGCCAAAUGUCUCAGAACAAGAAGAAACCUUUAUCCCAAAUUUAAAUACUAAUACUAAAGUACCGACUGCUACUGGCAUCAAUGAAACAAAUGAAGAAACCGCUCAUGUUUCAACUGUUAAAAAUUCAUCUUAUGAUCAACGGCCAUCUAGUGGCACCCAUUUACAGAAUACAUUUACAGAAACUCCUAUGACUAUAAAUUUCAAUGAAAUGACAGAAGAAAUAGCAGAAAAAUCUAGUCCAAACAACAUUUUAACAGCCAAUAAUGAAAGUCAUGUAUCACGUACUAGUGAUAGUCAAAUUUUGGUUAAGGCUGUAGAAUCAGAAACUACAAGUCUCCCUCCAAAUACAGAAUUAGUGGCAACAGUAGAUAAUAUUGAAAGUCUAGCAGGUAGAAAUGUUAACGGUAAUCUUCCAGAAACAAAUAUCCUUUCAAGUCACACCAAGAAAUAUGAUAUUAAUACCCGUGGAGCUGUCAAUAAGUCUAUGACAACAACUCCACAGAACAUGUCAGUUGAAUUCCCUUCUAGCAUUUACCCAUCCUUAAUGUCCACUUCUUUUGCUGAUGACAAAAGAGUAAAUACUCAUGGUGAGAAAAACUGUAAAAUUUCUAUGACCAGAGUACAGUUAGAACAAGGGACAGGACAUUUCUUCAACUGUACUAGAAUAGAACAAAUGAUAUUUGAAAAUCGUAAGUGUGAUGGAAUUGUAGACUGCAUUGAUCUAUCAGAUGAGUUUGAUUGCUCUUGUAGAAGCAGACUAACAGUAGCAUCGCCCAAACUUGUUUGUGAUGGGAAAAUUGAUUGUUUUGAUCAAACUGAUGAACUGUUUUGUCCAGACAAGUGCAAUGAGACUGAAUUUUAUUGCAUCAAAAGCAAGGAGUGUAUACCUUUAGAAAAAAGGUGUAAUAUGGAAUAUGACUGUAGGGAAAAAGAAGACGAGGAGCUUUGUUAUGCAUUAAUUGAAGACCCACCUUUAAGCAAUGGCAGGUUAAAACCAAAUAUACCACACUCUCUUAAAGACAACGCUGAUGUAGAUUUACUAAGAAGCUCUGGUUUUGUUUACCAUCUGAACGAAAUGAAUUGGGAACCAUACUGCAUCCCGGAAGGGCCCAAUGCUGUAUCCCUUUCAAUUGUUUUGAAAAUCUGCAAUAGCCUGGGAUUUCAAGAAGGUAGUGUUUUAAUAUCAGAAACUAGAAAUUCCGAAGGAGAUUAUUGCAAGGUAUUAAAACUGAACUGUUCGUAUUAUUCCAAUAUUGACAAGCAACCAUGGCGAGCUGUAAUUCAUUUGAAUAACAAACCUUUGGCAUUAGGAAUUUUAAUAAAACCAUCAUGGGUUUUAGUACAGCUAUCGACAAAUGAUACAACAAAUUUAUAUGCAAAAUUAGGCUACUUACAAGUUCAGAAUGAUAUUGUUGGCUUCCAUGAGCAAAAUAUUAAAGUUGAUAAUGUCGGCUUUCUACCUGUGGAUUACAAAGACAAACCAAUACUUAUAUUGAAAUUGAAGAAGAAGUCCAAUAUUAGCCACAAUGUUCUGCCAGUUAACUUUCACAAAUUCCAUUCAGAACGAGACUACUAUAACAAUGUCUGCAUGGCUGUCGGGUUGGAUGCAAAUUAUAACGAAGUACAGGUACAGCUUCAAUUAUUGGGAGAUUGUGAAACUGGAUGGAAUUGCUUUUUAAUACUUAACCAAAAUAAAAACUGCAAGAAAAUUCGUGGCCCAGUAAAGGGUUUUGUUACGUGUAAAUUUCAUCAUGGUGCCUCUUUAGUUUCUUUCUUCGAGGAAAAUGAUGGCUUCUGCUUAAAACGCAAUGAACUUAAAUACAGGGAUAUUAGGAUCAAUCAGGAAAUGAUUGAAAAUAUAAUAUCUGGGUAUAAAAUCAACUGGCUGAGAGCUGGCAAUGAUUCUUGUGACACUGUCAGAUGUGAAUGGGGCAACUGUUUAGACUGGAAAUUAAUUGGCAACGGCAUGGAUGACUGCGCUGACGGAAGAGAUGAGUUAUUAUUCCAUACUGAGAGGAAAGAAACAUAUUGCAAAGAACAUAAAUGUGACUGUCCAGCGGGAACAUUUUCGUGUUCAAACAAUUCCAAAUGUCUUCCGGUGAGAAAACUAUGCGAUGGAAAGGUUGAUUGCGUGGACGGUAGUGAUGAGGGUGAUGAUUGUAAACUAUGUGUUAAAUAUCUUUCUAAAAUAUCGCCCGAAGUGAUAUGUGAUGGUAAUUUGAAUUGCCAAGAUAGAAGCGAUGAAUCAUGGCCUUUCUGCCAGCACAAAUACGAUUGCUCAUCAAACGCGUUUUUCAAUUGUUCAAGGUCGAACGCUUGCAUUCCAAAUAAUUUAGUCUGUGAUAACAAGACUGAUUGCAAUUUAGGAGAAGACGAAGAAAACUGUUAUGGUUUAGAAAUUCCCAAUCCUCCAUUUUCUAAAAAUAUUGGAUUGUUUUCACAAACUAUACUCGGUGAAGUGGUACCUGUCUGUAUGAAAAACAGGCCAACCAGAAAAUUUGUCGAUGGUCUUUGUAAAAAAAAUGGUUUCAAUAAUGCAAUCCGUCAUAAUGUAAUUUUAAAGGACAACAUUAUGAUUGUUCAAGAUGUUUUUUCAGAAGUGAAAGUAAAUCAGUUCAGUAGGUUUAUCGUACGAGCCAAUAGGCCAUUUACUAAGACUAUCGUAAAUGGGACAUGCCCAGUCCUGUAUGUUGAAUGUAAAUAAGUUAUGUUUAAAUGCUUUCAAUGUUAUUGCAAUAUAUUUAAAAACAUUUUUUGUGUCCAAAUUAUUUUUGAUAUAUAAAUUAUCUGUAAUAAAAGUGAAAUAUUUCCUCUUAACAUUUGAAAGUAAAUUGCUUUAAAAACAGAAAUCUUACAAAUACAAAAUCAGAAUAUUGCAAGUUAUGGACCUGAAGAACUUGGCAGAAAAGUUUAAUAAUUUUUUUAAAGUUAGUGUAUAUUUGUGAUGUUUAAAAAAAUAAAAUAAAAUAUAAGGUUUGC